GGACGCUCGGCUAUUGCCAUAGCAGUAUUUGGCCGAAACAUCACGCCAGAAGCGACUCGACUCACCCCGCAGCCCACAUCCAACACCAACGGCCAUUGGUCAAAGUGCCUUGGGGAUGGCGGUUUGAAUCCACUUUGAGACUUGGGGAUGGCUUAUGGACCCAUCAUGUCACCAAGCCAGGAACAUCAAGCACCAGGGUCUGAAUUCUUCAGUACCUCGGCCUUCGCAGAGCGCGUCACAAACAGGAUGGUGAUUGUCUGAGAACAGGGACUUACCAACCCACCAUGACUCGGCCACAACGACAGCAGACAGCAGCCCAGACACUUUAGAAGCUUGCAUAUCCCCUCCCAGAACAUUCUAUCCUGUUGUUGCUGCUCCUGCUCCUCCUGCUCGUAGGCUCUGCUCUUGUCGAAUUCCUUCUCGUGGUAGCAUUGAGAAUGGGAGGCAACAAACCAUGGCCGCAAGUCCCAGUGGGCAACAAGGAUCACACCGAGGCCUCGGUGGUUAUCAUUGGAGGAGGCAUCUCGGGCAUGUGUACUGCCAUUGACCUCAUCAGCAACAACAUUCACAACUUUGUCAUCCUCGAGAAGAGCGGUGGGGUUGGUGGCACCUGGCGAGAUAACAAAUAUCCGGGAUGUUGCUGUGACGUGUGGUCGCAUCUCUAUAGCUAUUCAUUUGAGCAGAACCCCGACUGGACGCGAGAAUACCCUGGUCAGGAAGAGAUCCUUCGAUAUCUGAUGGGCGUUGCUCAGAAGUACGAGCUGUAUCGCUAUGUUCGCUUCAACACAGCCGUCGACUCGGCCAAAUGGGAUGAUGCAAGCAAGAAGUGGAAGACAAGUGUCACGGUGCAGGGGGCAAAAGAUGCCGAGUUCGGCCAAAACUACACCAUUACUUCGGAUUUUCUCGUCUCUGCCGUUGGCCAGCUCAACGUUCCUCGAUACCCCGACAUUGAUGGGUUAGACCAGUUCACAGGCAAGCUGAUGCACAGCGCCCGGUGGGAUUGGAGCUAUUCUCUCAAGGGGAAGAAGGUUGCCAUCAUUGGAAAUGGCGCCACCGCAGCUCAGAUCAUCCCCGAGAUUGUCAAAGAGGUGGACCAUCUCACCAUUCACCAACGGACACCCAAUUGGGUUAUCCCUCGUCUGGACGCCGAGAUCCCCUCGUGGAAGCGAAGCGUUUACCGAUAUCUCCCCUACGUUCGGCAUCGGAAGAGGGCUGACAUGAUGGACUUCCGAGAGAGUUUCUACGAUGCCGUUUUCAACCAUGAUUCAGCCACGGCUCAUUUCAUCGAGGCACAGAGCAAAGACCACAUGCAUACCCAACUCAAGGAUCGGCCAGAUCUUUGGGCCAAGCUGCAGCCCAACUACGCCGUGGGCUGCAAGCGAGUCAUCAUCUCAGACGAUUAUUUCCCCGUCUUCGCACGCGACAAUGUCAAGCUCGAGACGGGCAAGAUCGACCGGAUCACGGAAAAAGGGAUUGUGACGGACGGUCAUGAAGAAGAGUAUGACUUGAUCAUUUUGGCGACAGGCUUCCGGACCGUCGAGUUUAUGUACCCAAUCGACAUCACAGGUAGUGCCGGGAGAACGCUCGCUAGCGUAUGGAAGGAUGGUGGACAGGCUCUCUAUGGCGUGACCGUGGAGAGUUUACCCAAUUUCGGCAUGCUCUAUGGGCCCAAUACGAAUCUAGGCCACAACAGCAUCAUCCUGAUGAUUGAGGCCCAAAGCAAGUAUAUCAACGCCUUGAUCAAGGAGGUGGUUGAAGCAAGGUCCAAGUCAGGCAGCCUUGUCAUCACCCCCAACCCUCAACGGGUCAAGGAGUUCAACGACCAGAUCCAAUCCGAGCUCGAGAAGAGUAGUUUUGCCGACCCCAACUGCAAUUCAUGGUACAAGAUCAAGGAUAGCGGCAAGAUCACCAACAACUGGAGCCGCACGGUGAUUAACUAUCAAAAGAUUUUGGAAAAGGUCGAUUGGUCCGACUUUAACGUUUCCGGCACAGGAGCAGAGAAGUUCUCUAACGGACGUACCACCAAAAUCGGUCGGGUGGUGGAGGAGUCUAUAAUCAGCUACGGCACAAUGGCAUGGACUGCUGCGAGCAUUGCAGCUGUGGGGGCUGGGGUGCUGCUGCGCAACAGUGGAAGACUCCGGCUGCGUUGAUGGUUGCCACGUGGUUUGGAUGUGGGUUGGGUGAGAGUGCUAUGUGAGGAUGAUAGAGUCUCGCCCACACUUGGUCGUGAUAGUAUCUCUGUUCUGGCACUUGGGUGACACGAAACAUUGCCCAUGGGACCUUGCAGAAAUUGUAGGAAUUGGAUCGUGGGCUUGCAAAGUACUAACCUACCCUUAUCUUUCAUGGACGAUGGCGCAACAUUUUUUUUGGUCCUGCGGUACCUGCAGGCUGCAAUGCCCAUCAUUUACCAGAAUCGAGAUUUGGCAGUUAAGCGAGCAUUUAGUGGCGAUGCAGGGGCAAGGGAGGGAUGGAGGUCAUCAGAAUCACUUUUACUUCAAGUCACCAGUGUCA